AUGGCCACCACCUUCGGCGCCGCAACUGGCAUCUUUGCCCUUUUCUUCCUCGGUGAUGUCCCUCGUAUCCGAGAUGAUAUCCUGAUGAACAUCCCAGUUAUUGGAAGUUACUGGGAUAGAUCCAUCGCUCCUGAGGACAACACUUACCUUAUUGAAUCUGAGUCUGUUUACCCAUGUCAAGGCUGGUUCUCAUUUGAAGGAGUUCCACUGAAAUGGCAUUACCCUGUUGGAUUGCUUUAUGAUCUAUAUGCGGGCGCGCAGCCCGGGGCAUCAACACCAUCAACAGCAGCAAAAGAGCAAGACGCCGAUAAUGAUGGCGCCUACGUGUCUCGCGAAACCCUACCAUGGAAACUAACCCUGCAUUUCCAGGACUGGCCAGACCAGGAGCUUGUUAGCCUUGAUGAAGAGGAGCGGGUUAUGCACGAUUUUUUCAUGAAUAGCGUGAAAGAGGCGGAUUUUGUCCGCAACGGGACAGGGAAAAGUAUCAUGGCGCUUUCGAGAGAGGACUCAAAGAAGCUAUGGACAUCUAUCCAACAACACUCCUUUCAAACCUUCUACCGAGUCAACAGUACACUCCUACCAAAUCUAUCAACUCCAUUUAGGAAUAUCCCCUUACGAAUAUACCUCCCUACCCCGUCGGAACCCGAAAAACCUUCUCUUAAAGUUGUGCAAUCCCCAUUUCCACCCACAAUACCAGUCUCAGUAUCUAGCGGAGCGGCUGAACGGAGAACCCAGACGAUUGGGACUGCUCUUAAUUCUCUAAUGCCUAGCCUAUUUCCAGAUGAGAAAAGCACAAGUAUGGCGACGCCAAUUUUACAUGGAGCCGAGGUCCCGAUGAGCGCGCCGGUGGAGGAAGUGGUGCGGUGUGCAGCGUAUGCUGAUGGGUGGUUGAAUGUUGUUAUCCGGGUGCAUGCAUGA